UUACCGGGAUUCGAACCCGGGACCGCGGUGUAGCAGGCAUGGUCACUACCAACUGCGCCAGACCGGUCGUCAAACAACAAUACAUUACGAAGUUUUGCUUCUUCCGCGCGGGUGGACUUCACGCACAAUUUAUUUUUAUUUUUGUAUACUGAUUAUUCUAGCUCGUGUUUCAGAAAAGUAAUGAGUACGGCUCAAUACAACGAGCAUGAAACUGUCGAAUCCAGCGCAGAGAUGGCGCCACUCAACCGCCUUCCACCCGAUAUCGCACCGCCAUGUCAUCCAAGAACCUAUUCUUGGUGGCCUCUACAUGAAGCUGUACAAGAUAGAAAUACAUCAAAAGUCAAGCAGUUGUUAGCAGAAGGCGUAUUGCUCACCUCUCGGGACAGAAAUAAGAAGACACCGUUACACUUGUGCACGGAGUUAUACAGCGAGAGGAGCGAUAAGUGGCCAAAUGAAAAGAUAAUUUUAUGUGAAAUAAUCUCAGCGGUUAACAGAGCCAAAAAUAAAGAGGCUAUUUUGGAAAACUUGGACGAGAAGAGCAGAACACCCUUAUAUGCGGCUAUAAAUAAUGAAAACAUUGAGGUUGUCAAAAUCCUCGUAAAAGGUGGUGCAAGUGUAGACAAGAUUUCGGGAACGGAAGAAACAGCACUACAUGCAGCUGCACAACAUCCAAACAUGUUAAAAUAUUUCCUGGAUCUAAACAUUAUCAAAAACUCUCCUACACUUGAUGGAAAAAUUGCAAUACACUAUGCUACUACAUGCAACGAAGUGGAAUCAGUGAGAUUACUCUUAGAGAAAUUCGGACGAGAACAACUGAUGAUAGGCGAUUGCACUGGCUCUACAGUUUACCAUAUAGCAGCGCUAGUUGACGCCCAUGAAAUAAUGGAGUUAAUAGACGUUUAUUAUAAACCACAUGUCGACAUAAAUGGAGAAACGCCUCUAAAUAUUUCAGCCAAAAGGGGCAAUAAGGCUGUGACAGCGUCAUUACUUAAACAUGGAGCUGCUUUAUCAGAUAGGGGACACCUGGGAAUAACAGUUGUUAAUCAAAUAGCGAGACACUUUGAUAAUCCUGUUAAGUUCUUUGACAAUAUCUUCAAUGAGUUUAUUAAUUUCGAAAUAACAGACCUUCAUCCUUUGAUGAAAGAAAAGAGGGUUAGUGUCAAUUACCGAUUCCUGUCAAAUCGUGAUGGUAGUGAUAUGAGCCAGAUUAAAGUUAUAGAGGAGCUGGUGAGAUGUGGCCAAAGACAGCUACUCAUACACCCUUUGAUAGAAAGUUUGUUGUACUUGAAAUGGAAAAAUAUAUUGCCAGUAGUAUACACAAUACUUGCAAUUUACGGAGUUUUUCUGAUAUCAUUCAAUGCUUUUGUAGUCACAAUAAUUUAUAGAGAAGAUUCUAAGAAUGUCAUUAAGGAUGGCAGGAAUUUAAACAGCACUGGUGCAGUGUGUUUUGAAUGUUUCGAGUGGUGGAGUUGGUUAUUGAUAACAUUAAUAUAUUUUAGCUGUUACUUAUUGUUCGUACAGGAAUGUUUUUACAUCUACCUCCAAAGACAUCGUUACUUUGUGAACCUAGAAUCGUGGAUAAAGCUGAAUUUGCUGUCUCUUGGGGCAGUUGUACCGAUAGCACUUGGCAUGUACUGCUCGCCUCCGAACUGGCUUCGUCACCUUACUUGUGCGGUGCUACUGCUUUCAUGGCUGCAAGCCAUGUUGUUCCUGUCACGGUUCCCAGAUUGGGGAUACUAUGUACUAAUGUUUGAGAGGGUUUCUUAUAAUAUAUUUAAGAUUCUUCUAACAUCAGUGUGUUUAAUCAUAGGAUUCUCCUUAUCCUUCAUGAUUGAAUAUCAGUCAGUUUCUCCUUUUGAUGGCCCUGGCAACUCUUUCGUGAAGACACUUAUUAUGAUGACAUCAGAAUUUGAUUAUGAAGAUUUAUUUGGCAAAGAGCACGCUAGAGAACUUCAGAAUACGAAAACAGCUGUACAAUUGAUAUUUGUGGUGUUUGUGGUAUUCGUCGCUCUAAUACUGAUUAAUUUUAUAAUAGGUGUUGCCGUUAGUAACAUCAAUGAUUUGAAUAUUAGAGGAAAUAUCAGAAGGCUUGAAAAACAAGUAGAACUUCAAAGCACUCUCGGUGUACUUAUUUACUCAAUUAAGAAAUUAAUUAAAUUUGGAAGACGACAUUGGUACGACACUCCUACAGCGAAUUCUGCUCGCUUCAGAUUUCCGUGUUCAAACUAUUACUUAUCCAUAUUCAAGGACUUAGAAUGCAAUAUACCAUGGCUUGUUCUUGUUGAAGAAAGUGAAUGGGAAUUUUGCAGGGACAUAUAUUACCAAUCGCUUAAUAAAGAAUUAGAAAAUGCUAUAAUCGAUAUAGCUAGAAAUAAAACAGAAAAGAAGAAAGUGGAUCAUAAAAAUAAUCUAAAGAAAAAGCAAUUACAAGCAAUAUACAAUUCAGUAACUGGCAUGUCAGACAAAAGUCUAGAGUUAAAUUGCGAUGAAAAGGAUAAAGAUUCGCCUGUGGCGUCCCUAUGUAUGAAAAUACAUGAGAUAGAACAUUCAAUUACAGAUACGAAACAGACUAUAAAGGAAAAUAGUAAUACGAUUUUAGAAUUAGAACAUUCAAUUACACAUAUGAAACAGACUAUAAACGAUUUAAAGGAAAGUAGUAAUAAGAUUUUAGAAUUGUUGAUAAAUUCAAGAAACCCUACUGAAAACUGAAUUCAGUUAUCUUAUCUAUAUAAUUUUAGAAGUGGACACAAAACAAUACUAAAUCAUAUAAAUAAUGUUAACGUUAUUUAAACAUUGGUUGAAAACUACAAGUAUUGCAAUCCGCCCGGCACGUUUCUCGAAAGGUACAAGCCUUGUAUUACAAGUGUGUUUCCAUGACAACCCAUACGAUUUGACAGUUCGCGCACUUG